CCCGCAGCCUUUGUGUCCUUCUCUGGGCCGGAGUGGCUGCAGCUCACGCCUCAGCUCCCCUCAGGGCCCAGCUGGGAGCCGAGAUAGAAGCUCCUGUCGCCGCUGGGCUUCUCGCCUCCCGCAGAGGGGCAUACGGAGACCGGGAUGGCCACCCCCAUGGGCCUGCUGCUGCUGCUGCUGCUCCUGAGCCAGCCCGGGGCCGGGACGGGAGCUAACACGGAGGCGGUGGUCUGCGCGGGGACUGCUUGCUACACUGCCCACUCGGGCAAGCUGAGCGCUGCCGAGGCCCAGAACCACUGCAGCCAGAACGGGGGCAACCUGGCCACUGUGAAGAGCGAGGAGGAGGCCCAGCACGUCCAGCGAGUACUGGCCCAGCUCCUGAGGCGGGAGGCAGCCCUGACGGCGAGGAUGGGCAAGUUCUGGAUUGGGCUCCAGCGAGAGAAGGGCAAGUGCCUGGACCCUAGUCUGCCGCUGAAGGGCUUCAGCUGGGUGGGCGGGGGGGAGGACACGCCUUACUCUAACUGGCACAAGGAGCUCCGGAACUCGUGCAUCUCCAAGCGCUGUGUGUCUCUGCUGCUGGACCUGUCCCAGCCGCUCCUUCCCAGCCGCCUCCCCAAGUGGUCUGAGGGCCCCUGCGGGAGCCCAGGCUCCCCUGGAAGUAACAUUGAGGGCUUCGUGUGCAAGUUCAGCUUCAAAGGCAUGUGCCGGCCUCUGGCCCUGGGGGGCCCAGGUCAGGUGACCUACACCACCCCCUUCCAGACUACCAGUUCCUCCUUGGAGGCUGUGCCCUUUGCCUCUGCGGCCGAUGUGGCCUGUGGGGAAGGGGACAAGGACAAGAGUCAGAGUCAUUAUUUCCUGUGCAAGGAGAAGGCCCCCGAUGUGUUCGACUGGGGCAGCUCGGGCCCCCUCUGUGUCAGCCCCAAGUAUGGCUGCAACUUCAACAAUGGGGGCUGCCACCAGGACUGCUUUGAAGGGGGGGACGGCUCCUUCCUCUGUGGCUGUCGGCCAGGGUUCCGGCUGCUGGAUGACCUGGUGACCUGUGCCUCUCGAAACCCUUGCAGCUCCAGCCCAUGUCGUGGGGAGGCCACAUGUAUCCUGGGACCCCAUGGGAAAAACUACACGUGCCGCUGCCCCCAAGGGUACCAGCUGGACUCGAGUCAGUUGGACUGUGUGGAUGUGGAUGAAUGCCAGGACUCCCCCUGUGCCCAGGAGUGUGUCAACACCCCUGGGGGCUUCCGCUGCCAAUGCUGGGUUGGCUAUGAGCCGGGCGGUCCUGGAGAGAGGACCUGUCGGGAUGUGGAUGAGUGUGCCCUGGAUCGCUCGCCUUGCGCCCAAGGCUGCACCAACACAGAGGGCUCAUUUCACUGCUCCUGCGAGGAGGGCUACGUCCUGGCCGGGGAGGAUGGCACUCAGUGCCAGGACGUGGACGAGUGUGUGGGCCCGGGGGGCCCCCUCUGCGACAGCCUGUGCUUCAACACACAAGGGUCCUUCCACUGUGGCUGCCUGCCAGGCUGGGUGCUAGCCCCAAAUGGGGUCUCCUGCACCAUGGGGCCUGUGUCUCUGGGACCACCAUCUGGGCCCCCCGAUGAGGAGUACAAAGGAGAGAAAGAGGGGAACACCAUACUCCCCGCUGCAACAGCCAGUCCCACGAGGGGCUCCGAGGGCACCCCCAAGGCUACACCCACCGCAAGGAGACCUUCGCUGUCAUCUGACACCCCCAUCACGUCUGCCCCACUGGAGAUGCUGGCCCCCAGUUGGUCCCCAGGCGUCUGGAGGGAGCCCAGCAUCCAUCACGCCACAGCUGCCUCUGGCCCCCAGGAGCCUGCAGGUGGGGACUCCUCCGUGGCCACACAAAAUGACGAUGGCACUGACGGGCAAAAGCUGCUUUUAUUCUACAUCCUAGGCACCGUGGUGGCCAUCUUACUCCUGCUGGCCCUGGCUCUGGGGCUACUGGUCUAUCGCAAGCGGAGAGCGAAGAGGCAGGAGAAGAAGGAGAAGAAGCCCCAGAAUGCGGCAGACAGUUACUCCUGGGUUCCAGAGCGAGUGGAGAGCAGGGCCAUGGAGAACCAGUACAGUCCGACACCUGGGACAGACUGCUGAAACUGAGGUGGCCCUAGAGACACUAGAGUCACCGGCCACCAUCCUCAGAACUUUGAACUCCCCAUUCCAAAGGGGGACCCACAUCUUUCUGAAAGACUGGACUGGAAUCUUAGCAAACAAUUGUAAGUCUUCUCCUUAAAGGCCCCUUGGAACAUGCAGGUAUUUUCUACAGGUGCGUGAUGCUCCUGAAGUGGAAGCUGUGUGUUGGCGUGCCAUGGUGGGGAUUUUGUGACUCUGUAAUGAUUGUUACUCCCUCUCCCUUUUCAAAUUCCAAUGUGACCGAUUCCGGAUCAGGGUGUGAGGAGGCCGGGGCUAAGGGGCUCCCCUGAACAUCUUCUCUGCUCUCUUCGACCAUCUAAGAGGAAAAGGCGGACUGCUCAUGCUAAUUAGGAUUGAAAUGAUUUGUUUCUCUUCCUAGGAUGAAAACUAAGUCAAUUAAUUAUUCAAUUAGAUAAGAAGAUCUGGUUUUUUGGUCAAAGGGAACAUGUUCAGGACUGGAAACAUUUAUUUACAUUUGCAUUCCUCCAUUUCGCCAGCACAAGUCUUGCUGAAUGUGAUACUGUUGACAUCCUCCAGAAUGGCCAGAAGUGCAAUUAACCUCUUAGGUGGCAAGGAGGCAGGAAGUGCCUCUUUAGUUCUUAAAUUUCUAAUAGCCUUGGGUUUAUUUGCAAAGGAAGCUUGCUCGGGCGUGGCACAGCGGGGAAUCCAGGGGUCACAGUGUGGGGAGAGGUGCACCCUGCCACCUGCUAACUUCUCACUAGACACAGUGUUUCUGUCCAGGUGACCUGUUCAGCAGCAGAACAAGCCAGGGCCGUGGGGACAGGGGGAAGUUUUCACUUGGAGAUGGACACCAAGACAAUGAAGAUUUGUUGUCCAAAUAGGUCGAUAAUUCUGGGACACUCUUGGAAAAAACUGAAUAUAUUCAGGACCAACUCUCUCCCUCCCCUCAUCCCACAUCUCAAAGCAGACAAUGUAAAGAGAGAACAUCUCACACACGCAGCUCGCCAUGCCCACUCAUUCCUGAAUUUCAGGUGCCGUCACUGCUCUUUCUUUCUUCUUCGUCAUUUGAGAAGGGUGAUGCAGGAGGACAAUUCCCACAGAUAAUCUGAGGAAAGCAGAAAAACCAGGGGGGGGCAGGACAGUGAUCAACAAUGCAUUAGAACUUGGUGAGCAUCCUCUGUAGAGGGGCCCCACCCCUGCUCAACAGCUUGGCUUCCAGGCAAGACCAACCACAUCUGGUCUCUGCCUUCGGUGGCCCACACACCUGAGUGUCAUCGUCAUUGCCAUAGCAUCAUGAUGCAACACAUCUGUGUGUAGCACUACGACAUUAUGUUUGGGUAAUGUGGGGAUGAACUGCAUGAGGCUCUGAUUAAGGAUGCGGGGAAGUGGGCUGCGGUCACUGCCAGCCUUGCAAGGCUACCUGGAGGCCCGUCUGUUAGUCAGUAGUGGAGGAGCAAAGCUUCAGGAAGGGCCAGCCUCAUGCCAUCUUCCCUGCGAUCAGGCAAAAAAGUGGAAUUAAAAAGUCAAACCUUUAUAUGCAUGUGUUGUGUCCAUUUUGCAGGAUGAACUGAGUUUAAAAGAAUUUUUUUUCUCUUCAAGUUGCUUUGUCUUUUCCAUCCUCAUCACGAGCCCUUGUUUGAGUGUCUUAUCCCUGAGCAAUCUUUCGAUGGAUGGAGAUGAUCAUUAGGUACUUUUGUUUCAACCUUUAUUCCUAUAAAUAUUUCUGUGAAAACUAGGAGAACAGAGAUGAGAUUUGACAAAAAAAAUUGAAUUAAAAAUAACACAGUCUUUUUAAAACUAACAUAGGAAAGCCUUUCCUAUUAUUUCUCUUCUUAGCUUCUCCAUUGUCUAAAUCAGGAAAACAGGAAAACACAGCUUUCUAGCAGCUGCAAAACGGUUUAAUGCCCCCUACAUAUUUCCAUCACCUUGAACAAUAGCUUUAGCUUGGGAAUCUGAGAUAUGAUCCCAGUAAACAUCUGUCUCUACUUUGGCUGCAAAACCCAUGACUUAAAUCUAUAUGGUUUGUACAUUUUCUCAACUAAAAAUAGAGAUGAUAGUCCAAAUUCUUCAUAUAUUCACUAAUCAAAGACACUAUUUUCAUACUAGAUUCUUGAGACAAAUACUUGCUGAAGGGCUUGUUUAAAAAUAAAUUGUGUUUUGGUCUGUUCUUGUAGAUGAUGCCCUUCUAUUUUAGAUAGAAGCUCUGGAAUCCCUUUAUUGUGCUGUUGCUCUUAUCUGCAAGGUGGCAAGCAGUUCUUUUCAGCAGAUUUUGCCCACUGUUCCCCUGGGCUGAAGUUCUUUGCAUAGAUUUGGCUUAAGCUUGAAUUAGAUCCCUGCAAAGCCUUGCUCUGUGAUGUCAGAUGUGAUUGUAAAUGUCAGUAAUCACUUCAUGAACGUUAAAUGAGAAUGUAAGUAUUUUUAAAUGUGUGUAUUUCAAAUUUGUUUGACUAAUUCUGGAGUUACAAGAUUUCUAUGCAGGAUUUACCUUCAUCCUGUGCAUGUUUCCCAGACUGCGAGGAGGGAAGGCUCAGAGAUAGAGCUUCUCCUCUGAGUUCUAACAAAAUGGUGCUUUGAGGGUCAGCCUUUAGGAAGGUGCAGCUUUUUCAUCCUUUGAGCUUUCUGUUAUGUGCCUAUCCUAAUAAACUCUUAAACACAUUG